AUGUUCGGUAAAACCCAGCGCAAUGACCCGGCAGAGGCGGAGCUUGCAAGCCAUCGCCUGAUGCUGCGCGCGGGGAUGAUUUACCAGGUUUCAGCAGGCGUUUAUAGUUACAUGCCGCUUGCGCUUCGCACCCUCCGCAAAAUUGAGCAGAUUAUCCGCGAGGAGAUUGACGCUGCCGGUGGACAGGAAGUAAUGAUGUCCGCGCUGCAGCCGCUCGAAUUCUGGGAGCAGUCCGGUCGAAGCGAGGCGAUGGGCAAUGAACUCUUCAGACUGCAUGAUCGCAGGGAUCGCCCGCUUGUGCUCGCGCCCACGCAUGAAGAGCUUCUGACCUACAUGGUCAAGGCGAAUGUCAACAGCUACCGCGACCUGCCGCUCAUCAUCUACCAGAUUCAGACGAAGUUCCGCGAUGAGCCAAGACCGCGCGGCGGUUUGAUUCGUGUGCGCGAGUUCGAUAUGAAGGACGCUUAUAGCUUCGAUGUCGAUCAAGACGGACUCGACGUCUCCUAUGAUGCUAUGGCGCAGGCAUAUCGCAACAUAUUCAGCCGCUGCGGCUUGGAAACCAUCGAGGUUGAGGCGGACAGCGGCGCAAUCGGCGGCAAAGAUUCCAGCGAGUUCAUACUGAUCGCAGACGCAGGCGAGGAUACGAUCGUCCUGUGUCCCUCCGGAGACUACGCCGCCAAUGCGGAGAAGGCCGUCUUCGCCAAGCCUCAGCAGGAUGCCGAGCCGCUGCUGCCCAUUGAAGAGGCGCACACGCCCGGCAUAAAGACGAUUGACGAGUUGUCCAAAUAUCUCAAAGAACCUGCGCGCAAGACGCUCAAGGCUGUGUUCUACAUGGCGAUGGGCGAGCUUGUAUUCGUCGUCAUUCGUGGUGACCUAGAAGUUAACGAAGUCAAGCUAUCCAAUGUGCUGGGAGGCGCACCCGGCCUGCGCCUCGCCUCACCGGAAGAGGUACAGGAGCACGGACUCACGGCAGGUUCUGCGUCGCCCAUUGGCCUGAAUGGCAUAAAGGUUGUGGCGGACGACUCCGUUGACAUGGGUUCCAAUUUCCUCGCAGGAGCGAACAAACCCGACUACCACCUUCGCAAUACCAACCACCAUCGAGACUUUGAAGCGGACAUAGUUGACGACAUCGCGCUCGCUCAGCGGGGAGACUCCUGCGAAAACUGGGCACGCGCUACAGCGAUGUUCUGGAUUGCGCAUUAUCCGGACGAGAACGGCGAGCCGCACCUCAUCCUGAUGGGCUGCUACGGCAUCGGCGUAGGACGCCUGCUCGGUGCCACAAUCGAGCAGAAUCAUGACGAGAACGGCAUGGUGCUGCCCGCGACCAUCGCGCCUUACGAUGUGUCCCUCGUGGCACUCAACAUGCAGAACGAAACUGUCGCGGAGUCGGCUCAAGCGCUCUAUGACGAACUGCGCGGUGCCGGAUUGGAAGUGCUCUUCGAUGACAGAAACGAGUCGGCAGGCGUCAAGUUCAACGACGCCGACCUGAUUGGCUUGCCGAUACGCCUUGUCGUUAGCCUGCGCAACAUCCGCGAUAGCGUUGUGGAGGUCAAGCGCCGCUCCUCAUCCGAAGCCGAAACGGUCGCCACCACUGAUGUGGCUACCGAGGUCAAGGCGAUGCUUGCGGGCUAG